CCCGACCUGAGCGCCGCCAUGGCAACGAUGCGGUCCGGCGCCUGCGCGCGGCGCCCCGCAAGUGACGCCACAGGAAGGGGCGUUCAGGGCCGCGCCAUGGCCCGAAAGGCGGCUGGGAGGCCGCCGGAGGAAACGCUGUCGCUCUGGAAACGGGAGCAAGCCCUGUUGAAGACACUUGUCGUGGACCGGGACACGGAGGCGUGGCAACGGGACCCCGCUUUUUCGGGUCUGCAGAGGGUCGGGGGCGUGGAUGUGUCCUUUGUGAAGGGCGACAGUGUCAGCGCCUGCGCCUCCCUGGUGGUGCUCAGCUACCCUGAGCUCGAGGUGAUGUAUGAGGACUGUCGCAUGGUGAGCCUGACAGCCCCCUACGUGUCAGGCUUCCUGGCCUUCCGAGAGGUGCCCUUCCUGGUGGACGCGGUGCAGCAGCUGCGGGAGAAGGAGCCCCGCCUCAUGCCCCAGGUCCUUUUUGUGGAUGGAAAUGGGGUGCUCCACCACCGAGGCUUUGGGGUAGCCUGCCACCUUGGUGUCGUCACAGACCUGCCCUGCAUCGGGGUGGCCAAGAAACUCCUGCAGGUGGAUGGGCUGGAGAACAACGCUCUGCACAAGGAGAAGAUACGGCUCCUGAAGGCUGGAGGAGACUCAUUUCCUCUGAUGGGAGGCUCCGGGACCGUCCUGGGCAUGGCCCUGAAGAGCCACGACCACAGCACCAAGCCCCUCUAUGUCUCUGUGGGCCACAAGAUGAGCCUGGAGGCAGCCGUGCGCCUGACCCAUGGCUGCUGCAAGUUUCGGAUCCCGGAGCCCGUGCGCCAGGCUGACAUCCGCUCCCGAGACUACAUCCGCAGGAUCCUGGGAGUCCAAGGGGCCCCUGCCUUGCGGCCAGAAAGGAGCAAGAAGGCACAGAGGCCAAAGGCGUGCCCUCAGGGAGCCUCAGAAGAGCCCGCAGGUCUCUCCCUGCCCAGAGUUCAUCAGGACCAGGGGGUGGGGGGGACUUCGGAGCGCAGGAUGGAAGCCACGCAGAGCUGGCUGGGCCUGACGGCUUUGUACUGACUGGCCUUGGGCAAAGCUUCGAGCCUGUAAUGGGGAUCAUACCUGUGCUGUCUCCCCGGACAGCUGCAGCCCUGUGUGGAGUGGCCGUGGCACAGAACCUGGCACGCAGUCAGUCCUUGCAAAGAAAGUGAGAAGGUUUGGAGAAGUGGGGCCCACAGGGGCCAAGGUUGAUGGUCCUCAGUCUGCAAGGCUGUGCUAACUGCACCAAUGGGAAGGGAGAAACAGGAAGUAAAGGUCCUCAUUUCCUACUGAGCUCCUUCCACCACCCCAAGCCGCCAGAAUGCAGGUCCCGCAAGGGCUGGGCAGGAAGGACCGUGACUCCUCGGCCCCAAUGGCACCUUCCCCUUCAAUGCCUGCCCCACGCACAUGCCAACAGGAGAGCUUCCCAUGGUGCCGGGAGGCUCAGGGUGAUGUCUGCAGCAGCAUCCCCUGGGGACCCAUCUCUAAGACAGGCACAGAGAUGGCCGAGACCUCCUACUGGGGUGGGACUGGGGCUCUGCUUAAAGCCACUGCUUCCUCACUGACCAGAGGAGUCAAGUGGGCCCCCUGGGCUGAGGCAUGGACCGCUGUGGGGUCCCUCAUCCCUAUCCCCUCCGCUUCAGUGAGAAGCAGACAGAGCCUGAGAUCAGUUUACAGACAACUGAAAACCUGAGUGGUUUUUGUUUGUUUCAAGGUUAAAGUCACGUAACAAGUCACCAUUUUAACAUCUUUAAGCGUACUGUUAAUUGGCUUUUAGUAUAUUCAGAAUCUUGUGCAGGCACACCACUAUCUAGUUCCAGAACCUUUUCAUCCCGUAUCCAUUAGCAGUCACUCUCCUCCACCCCUCCCCCCUGCCCCAGCCCCUGGCAACCACUAAUGGGCUUCCUGUUUCUGUGGACUUGCCGAUUCUGGGUACCUCAUAGGAAUGGAGUCACACAGAGUAUGUGACCUUUAUGUCUGGAGUCUCUCCUUAGCAUGAGUUUUCAAGGUUCAUCUGUGCUGUAACAUGGAUCAGUACUUUUUUCUAUGGCCAAAUAAUUUUCUGUUGUAUGGAUAGGCCACAUUUUGUUUAUCCAUUCAUGAAUGGAUGAAUACUGAUGAAUAUUUGGAUUAUUUGGGGCUAUGAUGAAUAAUGCUGCUGUGCGAAUCGACGUACAAGUUUUUGUGUGAACUUACGUUUUUAGUUCUCUUGGGAGUGGAAUUUCAUGGUAACUCUCUGUUUAACUUUUUGAGGAAUAGCCAUACUAUUUUCCUCCUGAUUUCCGUGGUGGCUGCACCUUUUUACAACCCCACCAGCAACACAGCGUUCCAAGUUCUCCACAUCCUCACCAACACUUGUAAUUAUCUGUCUUUUUGAUUCUGGCUAUGCUAGUGUAUGUGAAAUGGUAUCUCAUUGUGGUUUUGAUUUGUAUUCCCCUAAUGACUAAUGAUCUUGAGCCCCUUUUCAUGUGCGUAUUAGCUAUUUGUAUGUCUUCCUGGGAGAAAUGUCCACUCAAAUUCUUUGCUAUUUUUAAAAUUGGGUUGUUUGUCUUUCUGUCAUUGAGUUGUACGAGUUCUUUAUAUGUCCUGGGUACCAGACCCCUUUCAGUUAUAUAAUUUACAAAUAGGUUCUCCCAUUUUGUGUGUUGUCUUUUCAUUUUCUUGAUAACAUCCUUUGAAUGAAAGUUUAAAAUCUGAUGAAAUCCAGUUUAUCUGUUUUUCACUUGUUGCCUGUGCUUUUGGUGUCAUAACGAAGAAACCAUUGCCUAAUCUGAUGUCACAAAGAUUUCCUCCUAUGUUUUCUUCUAAGAGUUUAAUAGUUUCAGCUCUUACAUUUAGAUCUUCGACGCAUUUUGAGGUAAUUUUUGUAUAUGGAUAUUUGGGUCUCUUGAAAUUCCAUAUAAAUUUUAGAACCAGCUUGUCCAUUUCUGCCCCCAAAAAAGGCAGUUGGAAUUUUGAUAGUGAUUGCACUGAUCAAUUUGUAGAGCAUUGCUGUCUUUUUUUUAAUAAGUUAUUUUUUUAAUAAAUUCAUUUUUUAAAUUUAUUUUUGGCUGCUUUGGGUCUUCGUUGCUGCGCGCGGGCUUCUCUCUAGUUGCAGAGAGCGGGGGCUACUCUUCGUUGCAGUGUGUGGGCUUCUCGUUGCUGUGGCUUCUCUUGUUGCAGAGCACAGGCUCUAGGCGCACGGGCUUCAGUAGUUGUGGCACGCAGGCUCAGUAGUUGUGGCUCAUGGGCUCUGGAGCACAGGCUCAGUAGUUGUGGCGCACAGGCUUAGUUGCUCCACAACAUACGGGAUCUUCCCGGACCAGGGCUCGAACCCAUGUCCCCUGCAUUGGCAGGCGGACUCUUAACCACUGCGCCACCAGGGAAGCCCUGAGCAUUGCUGUCUUAACACUAUUACGUCUUCAAAUCACUGAACACAGGGUCUUUUCACUCAUUUAGAUCUUCUUUAAUUUCUUUCAAUGAUGUUUUGUAAUUUUCAUUGUACACGCCCUCCCUGUACGUCCUUUGGUAAAAUUUAUUACUGAGUAUUUUAUUCUGUUUGAUGCUAUUGUAAAUGGAAUUGUUUUAUUCAUUUUAUUUUUGGAUUGUUCAUUGCUAGUAUAUAAAAAUACAAUUGAUUUUUGUAUCAUAUCUGGCAACUUUGCUGUAUUCAUUUAUUAGCUCUAAUUGUGUGUGUGUGUGUUCUUUAAGGGUUUUAUAUAUCAGAUCAUGUCUUAUGUGAAUAUAGUUUCACUUUUAUUUCUUCCUUUCCAAUCUGAAUGCCUUUUAUAUCUUGUUCUUGCCUGGUUGUCCUGGCUGGAACCUCCAGUGCAAUGUUGAAUGCAAGUAGGGAGAGUGGACGUCCUUGCCUGGUGCCUGACCUUAGGGGGAAGCUUCACUAGAGUGUGAUGUUAGCUGUGGGUUUUCCAUAGAUGCCCUUGAUCCGGUUGAGGAAGAUCCUUCUAUUCCUAGUUUCUCUGUGUUUUUAUCGUGAAAGAGUGUUGGAUUUAUCAAAUGCUUUUUCUGCACCUAUUGAAAUGAUCAUUUUCCUUCAUUCUGUUAAUGUGGUGUGUUAUAUUGAUUGACUUUCAUAUUUUGAGCCACUUUUGAAUUUAUGGAAUAAAUCCUUCUCAGUCAUGGUGUAUAAUCCUUUUACUAAGCUGCUGAAUUUGAUUUGCUAGUAUUUUGUUGAGGAUUUUUACAUCUAUAUUCAUAAGGUAUACUGGUCUGUACUUUUCUUGUGAUAUCUUUGUCUGGCUUUGAUAUGAGGGUAGUACUGACUUCAUAGAAUAGUUAGGAAGUGUUCCCUCCUCUGAGAAGGAUUGGUGUUGAUUCUUGUUAAACCUUUGGUAAAAUCACCUGUGAAGCCAGCUGGCUCUGUGCUUAUCUUUGUUGGGAGGGGUUUUGAUUACUGAUUCACUCUCUUUUGUUAUAGAUCUAUGAAGAUUUUCUGUUUCUUCAAUCAGUUGGUAGUUUGUUUCUAGGAAUUUGUCCAUGUCAUGCAGAUCAUCUAAUGUGUUGGCCUACAAUUGUUUGUGAUAUUUUCUUUCUAUUUCAAUAAGGUUGGUAGUAGUGUCUCCAUUGUGCUUAUUGACUUUAGUGGGUUAGUCUGGCUGUGAGUGGUUUUUCUAAGGAGCCCUCUCCCCACCCCCAAGAUGCCACUUGUUAGUGCCCCUGGCUUGAGUGGGGAGUGGGAGGGCAGAGUCCCCUGCAAGAUUCAGAGGGUCAAGACUCAACCUACCUCUGCUUUCAAGGGUUUCCAGCUCUUCCCAGAAGCCCCAAAGGGUGUAAAUCCCACCCCAUCAGAAACUAAUUAUGGCCCCAAUAAAUCCUGGGCCUGACCUCAGGGGGGGAGCAGGGUUCCAGGAGAACCAGUUGGAAGAUAGCAGAGACGUUGUUUAACCCUGGGUUGGCUGAGUGGGGGGGUUAAGCCUGGCAUGGAAGGCUUGUGGGCAGAGGUGGGGGCGUCUGAACCUUAAAGGGACGAGUUUCAGCUACAGCCUGAUGGAAGAGAAUCUGCAGCAGUGGGCAGUGCCAUUGGCCCCUUGGCCCUGUCUACUGGCUACACCAAGGCCGUAUCAGAGAUAAGAUGAAGAGGUAGAGCAUGUCAGCAGCUUGCUGGGACCCCUGGCUCACCCCAGGGUGGUGGGUGUGGCUAUAGCCCUGAGCAUCUCGAGGGAUGGACCAUGCUGAGAGUUCAUGUGGAGGGGUUGGGGAGGCUGGGGGAGUGCAGAAUCAACUAGAAGGGGCUGAGGUGGUGCCUGGGGACCUACUGGCUGGGGUCAUUCAUGGGAGAGCAGGAAAGCAGUGGGAUUGGGAAUGGGGAGGGUGCUUGGGGGUGGCAUGUCCUGCCCACCUCUACCCCCCACCCCCAGAGGCUCUACCCUGCAGAAGGCUGCACAGGAGCCCUAAGUGCAGUGGUAUCUGGGCUUCUCACAGAACCUUAAAAAUAGGGCCGAGAUGAUAUCCAUCUUCGCAGAUCACAGCCCACCCCAGAACCAAGAAUAAAUCUCGAAACACUCAAUAAUUCAAGUUGGAUCCAAAUAGAUUUUUCUGUUAGCCUGGCAGCCUCUGUGCCCCUUCCCUGGGUCCCCAGGGGCUGAGCCUGAGAGGCUCCCACGAGGUGGUGGGCUGGCCUGACCAUUGCAGGUCACACCCUGGCCCCUCAGGACACCCGCCUCCAGGACCCCAGUCUGCCCACGCUCCCCUCACCUGGAGCAGUCAGGAAUGGAGGACACCCAGGGCUGGGAGUCCUUUAUGAUCAGGUCAAGGAGGAGGCCCAGCCAUGUUCCUAGCUGUCCCAAGGAUACCUCCCUUGCCCCCCUACUUUCUGAUCACAGGCAUUGGCCUGUUUGAGCUUGGGUCUGAGCCAGGCUUCUUGGCCCCUUUGACCAAAACACCUCCCCUCCCCUCCUAGGCUCCUGGGGUCUCAACUCUCCAAGGCUCAAGGGCCAGCCUGGGCUCCAGGGGAGCAAAUCCCCCCACUUAGGCCCCAGUCACUGGUGCACACACACCCCUCAGGGUCUGCAUUCCUGCCUCCUCCUGGAAGGGUCCCUAAAGGGGCUUCACCUGGGGCUCUGUGGCCUGGAGUGAACAGCUGGGGACAGGAAGCAGGGCCAAGCUUCCCGCCCAAGGCCUCUGCAUUGGCUGGGGGUGGGGGGUCCUCAUUGGCCUGGCCCACCCACUGCAGGUUUGGCCCAGCCCCAGCAGUCCCUGUUGCACUGCCCUAGCCAGGCCUGAGUAGAGUUUUACCAAAUUAUUAAUUAAAGGCACAGGCAUGCGGCAGCUCUGACAUCCAAAUGAAUAACACACUGGGUAAUUAGGAGAGGUGUCAGGGAAAUGAUGGAGCAUGGCCCGCUAUCCCCAAUUCACCUCCCUGGGAAGCAGGAGCAACUUCUCCGUUUCCUACCACAAUGGGCGGCACUGGAGGCGGGGUAGGGAGUGCAGGCCAGAGGGGCCAGGGCACAGCUGUUGCUUGUGGACAGGGCUGGGUCCUCCCCAGUCUGGUUGCUCUCCACCCAACCGGGAGAAGACCUGGGAACAGGGCAGGGAAGGUGAGAGGUGGGCUAAUGGAAGAAGGAUGCGGUCCCAAGACAGAUAGGCAAGGCGACCUGGAGGGACUCAGAGAGAAAGAUACUGGGGGAGGCCGCUGGAGGCCCGUGGUGGGGCAGGGGAGGAAGGAUCCAGACCCGACUCCAGCACACGGGGUGUCCUGCCCUGGAAGAGGAGACAGCUCCCUAGGCCCUUCCUUGGGGCUGCAGGGGCCUGAUAGAGAGCUGGGAGUAGAGAGCAGGCUGGAGUAGUUUUGUCUUUUAGUUACUUAAAUUGCAGUGGUGUUUUGGUGUUUGUUUGAUUUUUAAUCGAGGUUAUAAACGUACAUAGUUUAAAUAGUCAAAUAGUUCUAUAAGACUUGUAACGAAAACCCAGUAGCUCCUCAUUCACUCACCCCUCUCCUCUCCUGACUUCCCCUGCUCAGAGGCAAAAUUUUGUUAUUUUAGUUUUCUUUAGUGUGGGGGUUUUUCAUAUUUACUUCUAAAUAACAUGCUAAUGCUGCCUUUCUCUUUUUUGUUUUUCUGUUUUUUUAGAUUUAGAAAUUAUCCAUUGACUUUCUGCCAUGGAGGUUGAGAGUUUGUUCCCUCUCACAUAGCCUCUCAUACACUUUCCUUCCACCCAUCUUCUCAUUUUCAUUGAAUCAGAAUUCAAUGUCUGCGUUAUUCUUUCUUUGCACGUACUGUUCGUAGCUGAGUAAUGUAAUGUAAUUACAUCUCCUUUUUUGUACAACCUCUUGUUUUUCCUGCACUUGAUAAUUGCCUCAUGUUUUGGAUUUGGUUUAUUUUCUGUGUAUCCAUUACUUAUUCCCAAACCCUGCAAUGGAAAUAUAAAUCUCUUUUUGGUACAUUCAAAGCAUCAGGCCAUCUUGAAUUUAUUUUUUUCUCGGAGCCUGUGGUAGCCAGCUUCCAAUAUGGCCCCCUGGGGCUGGUGUAGCCCUAUGACCACACUGAACAAGGUCCGUCUGUAUGACCAGUGGAGGUGCAAAAGUGAGGGUAUGUCAUUUCUGAUACUAGGCCUAAAACACACUGGGACUUAUGUCUUGAUGGUGCCCCUCCCUCUCUCUUCCCCCCUCAUCAUUCACUUUGAGAGAAGUCAGCUGCUGUGUUGUAAACUGCUCUGUGAAGUCCACGUGGCAGAGAACUGAGCCCACCUGCCCGUCACCAUGUGAGGGAGCCAUCUUGGAAGUGCACCCUCCGGCCCUGGCUGUCAUCUGACUGCAACCUCAUGAGAGACCCUGGGACAGACCAGCUAGCCAGUCUGCUUCCAGGUUCCUAUCCCUCAGAAACUGUGAGAUAAUAGACCUUUGUUCUGGAAUAAUAUUUUUAUGCAGCAAAACAUAACUAAUACAGAGCCACUCCUCCCAUGCC